AUUUAUUGCCAUAAUUAUGUAAUAUAUUAAAUUAAAUAUUGAAUUGAAUCGAAUUGAAUGGAAUUGAAUUGAAUGGAAUUGAAUUGAAUGGAAUUGAAUUGAGUGCGUUUUGAUUUAAUUGUACAUGUACUUCCUCUAUAUCACCGUUUAUCUGUGCAUUGUUCAGUAUCACCUUUUCGUGUAUAAAGGCUGAGUUACAGAAAUAUGCAAAGACUGCAGUGGUUUGCAUUUUUGCAAAUGAUUCAGCUGGAAAAUUAUUCUUUCGUCGGCACUGUAGUGAAAAAUGCGACUCUUACACGUUGCCGUAUUUCUGUUACAUUUUAUAAUUAGCGCGAAUUGUUUACAUAAUGCGAGUGUUAGUGAUUUGCCACCAAUUUUUCAUAUAGACAAGAAUUACGAAAAAUGCAGGCAGGAUAGAAAAUUGUUUUGUACAGUGGACAUUGUUUUACAAAAUGGUAGCUCUAAUUCGCCGUAUUGGAAGUUAAUCCAGCAAACAAUUAUAGAUCCAAGGUCCUAUAACCAUAAUGAGUUAUUUCACGCAAUAUGCAUCGAUGAUUUCUGUCCAGCAAUAAAAGACUGGAAAGGAGAAGAAACUGACUCCUUAAAACCAUAUUUGUCACAAUGCUAUACAGAGAACUACAAGGAUCUUGAAUUGACAGCCGAGGUUACCAAUUUGAAGUGUUCCAGGCAGGACGUUGAAUAUAUAGCGGGAUUCUUGGACUACAGCAUUCUAUACUUGUUUAUUAUUUAUAUCACAUUUAUAAUAUAUGCCACAUAUUGUGAUUAUAGUGGUAGAGCUGCGAAUUAUCUAAAUGCAUUUUCGGUAGUAGCAAACUGGCAAAGACUAGUAAAAUCCAAUGCGGUAAAUGAUUCACAGAAGUUGAGAUGCAUACAAGGAAUACGAUUCUACAACAUGUUACUGAUCAUACUCUGUCACACGUAUUCCAGUUAUAUUGGAGGAUACGUAAAAAACGUUGAGUACUUUGAAGAGGCGCAAAAGAGCAUGAUCCAUCUAUUCAUGAGGAACCUCUUCGUAUUUUUGGUGCAAACAUUUUUUUUAUUCUCUGCAUUCCUGUUAUCGUACCACCUCUUUCAAGUGAUUGAGACAAGGAAAUCCUUCAGUAUCAAGUGUAUCGUGUUGACGUUUGUGAACAGAUAUCUAAGGAUAUUUCCUCCAGUUGUCUUAAUGCUAGCAUCUGGAGUAACCUUGUGGAUUGUGUCAUUUUUUCAUGGCCCUAUAAGGGAUUUGUACUCAGACUUAGAAUAUCAAAUGUGCAGAAAAAACUGGUGGACAACUCUAUUUUUCAUCAACAACCAUUACAAUUCACAUGACAUGUGUUAUUUCAUCUCCUGGUACUUGUCUGCAGACACUCAGCUCUAUAUUCUAUCGUUACUCAUACUAUCGCUGAUAUGGAAAUUCCGGAUCAGAGUUGACCGCAUCCUGGGCAUUUCAUUUCUGAUUGGAAUACUGAUACCAAUUGGCAUCAACUAUAUUUACAACUUGGAUACUAUCUAUAGGAUAACGCCUGAGAACUCUAAAAAUAACCAAUUCAGAUCUUCCAACUUCAGCGUAACAUAUACUUCAAUGUACGCAAACAUGGCUACAUACAUGCUUGGUUUAUCUUUUGGAUACGUACACUUGAAAGUAAACAACUAUCGUUGGUUUCCCUUGAUGGUCCAUAAAAUAUGCUGGUGGUUGCUAUUUCUAGGCCUUCCAGUAACUAUGGUUUUAAUAUCUUCGUAUUAUUACAACAGAGUCUUGAGUGCCUUACUUUGUGGACUAUUGAAACCUUUAUAUGCGCUAGGUGUUGGUGUAGGUGUCUUAGGAAUGUCAAAAAAUCUUGGAGGUUGACAUUACCCUUGAGUUUCUUCCAUACGACGUCGCCAGCAUACCUAACUAAAUUGACCCUUUGGAAUAUGUGGCAGCUCCUCGACGUGGCGUCUGAUGUCAAAAUCGAUAUUUCAAUACGUAUGCAGCAUCGCAUCCCGGGAUCGCCAAAUCGAUUUGUGAGUGGCAAAUAGCAACAUUCUUGGGAAACUUCACUUACAGUACUUACCUUGUGCAUUAUGGUAUAGUGUUUUACAGAACUGCUACGGCGAAAGAACCUAUGCUGAUUUCAAACUAUAUAUUGGUAACAUCGUUUAUUAGCGACGCUAUUUCAUCAUUGAUUAUGGGGUUCCUUAUGCACAUUCUGGUGGAACUUCCAGCAAUUAGGAUACAGAAAUUAGUUGUGCCGCAAGUCAGGGUGCAGAAGAGCCAGUGAGGAUAGUAUUAACAUUUUAUGUAUAGCUUGAUUCUCUUUAUUGUGACGACAAGAAAUCAUAUAGCUAUUUUUACCAAUAUGUUUAUAACUCAGUUUAAAGUGUGGUUGUUUAGGAGAGAAAAUGUAAGAAUUUUUAAAGUUUAAUUGUCGGUACCGAUUUUGAACAAUUUUUUUGUGUGAACAUAGUACCGGUACAAAUGUACUGGUGGACAUAGCAAGUUACAAAAAAAUAUCACUUUGAUGUUAUUGCAGAUAUAUUAUAUCUUCUACUUAUGCUUUUAUCAAUGAAGCAUAAAUAGGAACAUACAUUGUUAUUUAAGAAACUCAACCAUAAAUUGUUUUGAAUUGAUACCUUUUUUAAGACUUAAUCCCGUGAACUUGUUUUUCUCUUCUAACACUUAAAUGUCUUAGUUAACCCUCCAAUUCCCAAGAUACCCUAAGGGGAACAAUUUCCAAUAUUUUUUUCAAAAAUUCCGCUUUAAGUUCAAGUCGAUAAUUUUCAUCACCGAGAUGAAAGGAGAGAUCGAUUACAGGAAAAAAAAAUGUUAUGAAUCUCUUUAGAUUGGUAGAAACAUGAUAUAACGUGGUUUGUAUUUGUUCUCUUGGCCGUAUUUCGUGAAAUUUUAGACUGGCUUCUAUUUUUGCUUACCAUGGAAACAAAAUGGUAGGUACGCAUUAUCCAUAUUACGAUGUGUAAUCGCAUUUUUGUUCAACUGAUCAAAUUAUUAAAUGUAAUUACACUUGAUAUAUCAAGUUUCCUUCAGGGGACUCUGGGCACGGAGAGCACUAAACUUGGAUCUAAGUAGUUAUUUUUAUUGAAACAUGACUAGAUUUCAGAUAUAUUUGCUGUAAAUAAACACUUAGUCGCAAAUGAAAUUUGGAAUAACAAAAAAUAAUUGUACAUUAUGUAAUGAAAUUUAUUAUAACAUCAGAAGCAAAAACAAAAACCAGGGAUAAGAAGCUAUAUUUUUUGAACUAAUGAUAAAAUUUAUUAUAUAUAUAUAUAUAUAUAUAAAGUUCAUAAUUGUAAAAUUAUUGUACUCCGUCCUAUUCAUUCACUUCAAAAUCCCAGGGUGGCCCAUCCAUGUGUGGACGGAAUAUUACUCAUAAAUAAAAACAUUUUGGGAAAAUAUAUUUACGGCGUGUUAUACAUGACACUUGGGGGCACAUUUCUAAAAUAUUGGCAAUUAUACAGGGUGUCCCAAUUUUGUCCUACAUAGCAAAGU